AUGGCGGCCGUGCAAGCUGCCGCGGAGCCAGUGACAGCGGCGGCGGCGAUCGCUGUGUCCAAGGCGAAGGACGCAGAAGAGGAAGAAGAAGAGUCACCGCCGCCGUGCGAGGCGGUGCGCUGGGCCCCGGUGGGGGCAGUGGCCGAGGCCGGGCCGGGGGUGGUGGCGUUCUCUGAGGCGGCGGAGGAGCCCGGUGCGGCCUCCGGGUCUCCCCCGGACUCGCCGGGCCGGGCGCUGCGGCGGCUGCGGGCUGAGCGGCGGCGGCUGGACUCGGCGCUGCUUGCGCUUUCCUCGCACUUCGCGCAGGUGCAGUUCCGCCUGCGCCAGGUGGUGCGCGGGGCGCCGGCCGAGCAGCAGCGCCUCCUGCGCGAGCUCGAGGACUUCGCCUUCCGCGGCUGCCCGCAUGUGCUGGGGGACGAGGGGCCCAGGGACGCUGUCCACGACGAGGACGACGAUGAGGGCGACAAGCCGCCCGGGCAGCGGCCGCGGGUGCGGUUGGAGAGCCAGAGUGAGCAGGAGCGCCAGGAGCGCCGAGAGGCCCAGCGGGAGAAGCAGAAGAAACUGAUCUUGCAGCUCAAGAGCCAGUUGGAUGACCUGGAGACGUUCGCCUACCAGGAGGGCAGCUAUGAUUCCCUGCCACAGUCCGUGGUCCUGGAAAGACAGCGGGUGAUCAUAGACGAGUUGAUAAAGAAACUGGAUGUGAACCUGAGCGAGGACAUCGGCUCGCUAUCCACCGAGGAGCUCCGUCAGCGCGUGAACGCGGCUGUGACGCAGAUCAUCAACCCGGUGCGCGUGAAGGAGCAGCUGGUGGAGCAGCUCAAAACCCAGAUCCACGACCUGGAGAUGUUCAUCAGCUUCAUCCAAGAUGAGGCUGGGAGCCCCCUGCAGACCAGCAGCAGACCCUGCACGUGCAAGGCCAGUGAGAGGACGGUGGGCAGCUGUGGCAGGCCAGGUGUCGGCCAGGAGCCCCCAGAGAGCAGCACAGGGAAGGCCCACGACGUGAAGCACUCCAGGGAGCCGGGGCCUCACCUGCUGCGCCAGGUGCUGGCCGUGCUGCAGAUGCUUGCCAUGAGCCAGCUGGGCUGCGCCUCGGGCCAGGUCCCAUCCAGCCUGUGGCAGGGGGGCCAGGCAGACAGGGACUACACUCCCCUGCUGAGGCGGCUGGAGGCCUCGGUAAACAGGGUGAAGCAGCUGGCCCUGCGCCAGCAGCCACAGGCCCACAUGGCUACCACCUCCAGCCUGCAGGACGCUUCCUUGGGGGCCAGAGAUGAGCUGACCACAGUGGUGCGGAAAGAGCUGACGGUGGCUGUGCGAGACCUGCUGGCCCACGGGCUGCACACCGCGUCCCCUGGGGUGAGCCUGGUGCUGGCGCCACUUGCCUGCCUGCUGCCAGCCUGGUCCUCAGGCCCCCAGGCGAUGCAUCCCUGGGAGCUCUUCGUGAAAUACUACCAGGCCAAGAACGGCCGUGCCUACAUGGAGUCCCCCGCCCGCAAGCUGUCCCAGGCCUUUGCCCUGCCUGUGGGCAGCAGUGCUGUGGUGACCCCCAAGCAGAGCCUGCUGAGCGCCAUCCACCUGGUGCUGACCGAGCACGGCCCCUUCAAGCGCAGUGCAGACUCUGAGCUGAAGGCACUGGUGUGCUUGGCACUCAAUGAGCAGCGCCUAGAGUCCUGGCUGGGCCUCCUCUGCAGGUCAGGCGCGCUCAUCCAGCCGCACUACCAGCCCUGGAGCUACAUGGCACACACCGGCUUCGAGAGUGCCCUGGAUCUGCUUGGCCGCCUCAGCAGCCUCCACUUCCAGCUGCCUGUGGACCUGGCUGUGCGCCAGCUCAAGAACAUCAAGGACGCCUUCUGAGGACAGGGCAGCGUCUGUGUCUCCUCCCUCCUGCAUGCAUCAGCAGUGCAGACCCCUUUGCUAGAAAGCAGGAUAGAGCUCUGGGGCCCGACACCUGGCACAUGGCUGGCAGGUCCCCCGGGUUCCGAGUGAUCCAGCAGCCAUCCAGGUCGGCCACCAAGGCACUGAGCCUUGUCUCAAGAAUUGGGUGGGCCCAGCUCAUGCCCAGCCCAGCAUCUGUGCCUGGCAUUGCGGGUCCUUGUGGUGAUCACAGCUGCUGUUCCUAGUGCCUGGGUGGCCCAGAGCCCCUCCCCCCAUCCAAAGUGGUCCAAGUGGAAGCUCCUGACUGAGCAUAGCUGCCUCCUCCCACUCCAGUGCCAGCCCAAGCUGGGACUGGGCUCACAGCCGCCUUCCCACAGGGAGGGCUGUACUGGGACAAGGGAAAAGGUGAUGCUGUUUGUCUGGAGGACCAGAGCUGGUGUCCUCUGUGGUCUUCGGACAGGACAGACACAGGAAAUAAAUCCAAGACCACGUCUGGAGCAAGCCCUUAGCACUGGAGUGUGCACUGGCCAUGCAUCCCCAGCAGUGACCGCUGCCCACCACUGGCCCUGGAGCAGGAUGGCAGUAGGGCUCUGAUGGCCUGGUGGGUCCUUUGGAGGGGAGAGGUGCUGCGGACCCAUGUCCACUAACUCCCAGAGCACCUAUGGCCUGGUCAGCACGACCUUUGAAUCCUCAUGUCACUGGGCUCCCGUGGGCCCUGCUGCACCUGAGCACUGCGGACUCAGCAUCAUGCGUGCAACUUGCCACUCCCCUGGGUUUCUGCAUGUUGAUGUAUGUUUUAACUUAAAUUGUGAUCAGCAGCGUGGUACUUAUCUAAGACGCAUUACUGCUGUUAGAGCUGGCCCAGUUUCCCUGUAAGCAGGGUAAGUGAAGGGGCCAGGGCCAGGGCCGGGGCCAGGCCACUGCUCGAGGAGAAUGCUUACCUGGUCCAAUCCCCAGCACAAAAAUAGUAAAAAAAAAAUACACUUGUGAUCACCAAUAAAGUUAUUUUGUGUA